ACUAGCGCAAAAUAUAAAUAUUCUUACAUUCAAGGACGCAGAUAAUCCUGCUGCUAACAUUCCCUCAGCACACAAGGUGUCUUCAGGCUAGACGCAAACCUACCAAAGAUUGAACGUUACAACUGUAGCUCGCAUGAAGACUCCUCAAGUCUAAACACCACUAAGCUACGUGGAUUUACUUGAUGGCUUUGGGAAAUGGGUGUCACAUGGCAUUUUCAUAUGGAUAUUUUUUAUUUUUUUGAUUUGCAAUGAUCAACGGAACUCCGAAAAUACUGGUUACUACUCAUAAAUAUGUAUUCAGAAGUACUGCAUUUUCCCAACUUUUAGCCAAUAAGUCAGCAUGCGGAGUGCUUUCCAGUGCAUUUCAUAAUGCAAAUGGAAGGCAAAAAGUCCUUUACAAACCUGGCGAUUUACUUCGUUUUCGCCCGACUGGAGCUUUAACUUUGAGGUUGCAACACUCUCAUGGUUCUUCAGAUAAUUUAUCAAAUCCAGCUUUGGAACAAAAAGCUAUUUUAUCUGACUGGACUAUUAUUAGACGACUUCUAAAAUAUGUUUGGCCAAGGGAUAGACCGGAAAUCCGACUGCGUGUAGUCGCGGCAAUGUUGUUAUUAUUAUCUUCCAAAUUUGUUAAUGUUUUGGUUCCAUUUGUUUUCAAAAUUGCAGUGGACUGUUUGUCAGGAGAAACCCCACUACUAUUAGGUGAUACAAGUCCUAGUGUGGCAGCUACAACUAUUUUAAUUUCGUAUGGUUUGUUUAGAGCUACUGCUUCUGGUUUAAAUGAAUUACGUACUGCAGUUUUUGCUAAAGCUGCUCUUUCUUCAAUUCGAGAAGUCGGAGUUCAAGUAUUUCGACAUAUGCACAAUCUUGAUUUAAGUUAUCAUCUUGGAAGAAGAACUGGCGCAUUAGGUAAAGCAAUUGAUCGUGGUGCUAGGGGAAUAAAUUUUCUAUUGACUGCUAUGGUUUUCAAUUUAUUUCCCACUACAUUUGAAGUUGCUGUCGUAACAGGAAUUUUGUAUUAUAAAUAUGGAGUAGCGGCCAGUACAAUUGCACUAAGCUGCAUAGCUGCUUAUACAGCAUUUACAUUUGCUGUUACACGUUGGCGUACUCAAUUUCGUGUUCAAAUGAAUAAGGCAGAUGGACGAGCUGCAAGUCAAGCUACUGACUCACUUAUUAAUUAUGAAACUGUAAAAUACUUCAAUAACGAAGAGCGUGAAGCAGAACUUUAUGACAAACUUCAAGCUCAAUACGAAGAGGCUAGUAUUAGAACAACAACUAGUCUUGCUGUACUUAACUUCGGUCAGGCUGCUAUAUUCUCUGUUGGCUUAGCUGCUACAAUGAUAACAGUUGCAAAUCAAGUUGCUUCCGGUUUAACUGAUCCAACAACAGCUGCUCAUGUUCUCGAAGCUACUGGGAUAAGUAGUUUAGCUAAAUCUUUGACUGUGGGAGAUCUUGUUCUCGUAAACGGUUUAUUAUUCCAACUAUCGAUACCAUUGAAUUUUUUGGGUACAGUAUAUCGUGAAGUUCGGCAAUCUUUAAUUGAUAUGUCAACUAUGUUUACACUAUUAGAACUUGCUCCAACAGUUCGUUCCUUACCGAAUGCACCAAAUAUACACAUUGAUCGUUUUAAUUCAUCUGUAGAAUUUCGUGAUGUGAAAUUCACUUACUACACUAAAGACCCAAAAGAUUCUCUAUUAAAACCUGGGAAAUUCAUAUGCGAUGGAUUAAGUUUUAAGGUUGAACCUGGCCAACGUGUAGCUAUUGUUGGGGAGAGUGGUACCGGAAAAUCUACAAUUGUUCGAUUAGUCUACCGAUUUUUUGAUGUAUAUAGUGGCAGUGUACUAGUCGGUGGUCAAGAUGUUCGGUCAGUGAAUUUGGAGAGUUUACGUCAUGCGAUCGCAGUGAUACCACAGGAUACGGUUUUGUUCCAUAACACUAUAUUUUAUAAUCUCCAAUACGGUAACUUGAAAGCAACUCCGGAGGAAGUUUACGAAGCCGCUCGUUUAUCGAAUGUAGCUAAUGCAAUUGAACGUAUGCCACACGGAUACGAUACACAAGUCGGAGAACGUGGUUUGAAAUUGAGCGGUGGUGAAAAACAACGAAUAGCGAUCGCUAGGGCUCUACUGAAGAAAGCUCCAAUUUUGAUUUAUGACGAAGCGACGUCAUCAUUAGAUUCAAUCACUGAACAUACUAUUCUUCAACGAUUAGCAGAAGUUACACCUGGAAUUACAUCGCUUGUAAUCGCUCAUCGUUUAAGCACAAUAAUUGAAGCUGAUGAAAUCUUAGUCUUACGAAAUGGUCGUGUAUCUGAACGUGGUACGCACUCUAGUUUACUAUCACAACCGGAUUCAUAUUAUAGACAACUUUGGGAUCAACAACGAAGUGGAAUUUUACCUACUACUAUUACGAGUACUACUGAUAAUAGUAACAGCAAUGAUUAUCAUAAAAUAUCCAAUUCAGUCAGUCAAGAUACAAACACCUAAGGCACUACGUAUAAAUAUAAUGGAUUGAGAUUUUCUUGAAUUUUGUAGUCUGUAAUUUUCUCCAUGCCUACAUAUUUGUUUGAUAGUUUCAGUUUUAUUAUUUUCAAUCCGUUUCACUAACUUAUUCGUACUUGUGCAGAAUUAUUUUAUCUUAUGUGGUUUUCUGUUUAUGCUAGAUGAAUCGUUAACAAACUACGUAACAUUUGAUUUGUUUUUAUGACAAGAUAAUUUUGUAAAGAAACAGACUGUAUAAUACAUUUUGGUACACGCACACUGAUUUUUCUGCCAACUAGAUCAUCCCAAUUGAUGAAUAUGGAAUUAAUUCCAGUUUUGUCACUUCAAACUACCAUUAAAUUGAUUAUCUAAACUGUUGUAAAAAAAACUGAUGCUUUAAAUGAAAUCGGCUGAAAACCCAGGACCUAUUAAGUCAGUAAGACUAGUGGCCGCAUCACAACUCUGAAAUAUAGGAUUUAAUUAC